GACAUCAUGGCGACGUCCAUAUGGAUGGGUGGUAGGUAAACAGAAGGCGCUCUCUUCUGCACGAACCAGGUGUCACCCGGUGGUUAAAGCAAACAAAAAAAGUUUUUUCUCAUAUAUGCAUCAUUUAAACCCGAUAAAUUGACGUCCAAGCAAACUAUUCGUUUCGUUAAUCGAAAAGGCACAAAUCAAAAGCUAGCUGGCAUAGCACAAUGUCAGGCGCGAACGUAUGGACGCGAAGUCGGGAGAGAAUGAAACGAUUACCGGAGCUGUUUGCCCAGUGUGGCCCAGAGGCAACAGCUUACGGGAAAUGCGUGACUGCAACCACCUCAAGUAAAGAGGAGCUGAGAAAGGACCUUUGCAUAAGAGAAUUUGAGGCACUGAAAACUUGUAUACUUUCUGCGGCUAAGAAGACUGUGAAGUAGCUACCUGCUAAAGCCAGUGUCCCCUAUUGUAAGAAGAGCGCCUCCCACUGGAUGUCAGUGUCAUGGCAUCGGAUCAGCUGUCACUGCUGCACGCGACGCACCGACAUUCCUGAAAAGGACAGUAUAGGCAGUAAUCUCAGCUUUCAUAUGAGGCGACAUUUCUGUACAGGUGUAAAGUGUAAAUAUAAUGUACUGUGUGGGUGUAAGAUUGUUCCGGUUGUAAAGCGAAAGCACUCCCAAGACGUGCAUUUGAAAUGGUUGGCCAAAUGAAAUAAAUUGUAGUUUACGCCUGAA